UGCCGUGCACACCAGCGCCAGUGUGCCUGCAUCCGUGUGUGUGUUAUGUGCCGGGGUGGCGUGUGUUUACACGUGCCCCCCAUCAUCAGCCUGGCUGCCUCUUUCCAGCUCCUCUAUUCUUUCACCCAUUCACUGACUGUUAGGAAACAAAUCUGCCCCUGGACAUGCCAGGGCUUAAAAUAGAUGUUGAGACAGCAGCGUUUUUCCUUCCUUCGGCAGCAACAGCAUCAGGAGCAGCAACAGAAGCAGCGGCAAGGAGAGUGGGCGAGAGGGAGAUGGCCGACUAGAUCAGACGCCAGCCCUUUUUACCCAGCUGAGAAAAUCACAGCAUUGACCAAGAAACCGACCGUGGGUGGUAGUUGUACUAGAAGCUCUGUCCCAGCCCAGCCCCCCCAAGAAGACGGGGAUGCCAGGGGGGACUUGGUGGCACCAAUGGCUUUCAUGUCCCGGUUCUCCAGGAAUGGAUCCAGAGCUCCGGUCCGGAGGAUCCAUGAUGACACAGUCAGCCACCCCAUCCUCAGUGUCUUUGAGCUGGAAAGACUACUCUACACAGGGAAGACAGCUUGUAACCACGCUGAUGAGGUCUGGCCGGGACUCUACCUGGGAGAUCAAGAUAUAGCAGCCAACCGCCGUGAGCUGGCACGUCUGCAGAUCACACACAUCCUCAAUGCCUCGCACAGCAAGUGGCGGGGAGGUGCGGAUUACUACGAAGGCACUGGCAUUUGCUACAUGGGCAUUGAGGCACACGAUUCACCCACCUUUGACAUGAGCCCCUAUUUUGAGCCCGCCGCUGACUUCAUCCACAAGGCAUUGAACAGGAGUGGAGGAAGGAUCCUGGUUCACUGUGCUGUGGGGGUGAGCAGGUCAGCCACCCUGGUCCUUGCCUACCUCAUGAUUUACCACCGUUUAACCUUGGUGGAGGCCAUAAAGACCGUCAAGGACCACCGGGGCAUCAUACCCAACCGAGGUUUCCUUCGCCAGCUGGCUGCCCUGGACAAUUCCCUCAGGCUCAAACAGAAACCAUGAGCAAAUGGGUUGUACAGAAAUAGUGCUGAAGCCAAAUCUGCUGGCAGGCCUGAGGCAAUUCUGGGUCAUUUUUGGGCUCUGGCAACCCUGAACUUCCAUCAUUCCUGUACUACAGAAGUCUGACAAUAAGGCUCUGAAGGCCUUCAAGGCCACCAGCCUCAAAUGUUCUCUCAGCAUUAGCUUCAGGUGUCUGUUGUAGGUGAAGAAGCUCAGGUUUUCUGAGAACAGGUUUCCUUCCCUUCUUUUUUCUCUCCUUAUUGGCUUUCAGAAGCCAAACAAAUGGGAUUCUCUUAGAUGGCAAAUCCCAGCCACAGACAGACAGAGCUUUAAGCUGCCUAUGUUCCCAGAGUGAUGUGUGAUGUGGCCUUUUGCUUCCUACUUGUUUGUCACCUAUGUUGAAAAGCUUGGGUAGCUUCCCAAUGUAUUUUAGCAGUGAGAAUAAAAUCUUUCAGAGAUUAA